UCUCCAGAGAUCACUGAGACCCUUGGGAAAAUGGUCUUUAAGGCCUGGGGGCAUCCGGAGUGUUUGGUUUGUGUGAAAAGCCAGAAUGAUUAGCAAGGCGGAGGCCACCUUCCCAACCCGAAGGCGGUCUGGGCUGUAAUUUGCUAUCCGUCUGCAUCUCUCUUGUCAGGCAGUUACUGGAUUUAUCACCUCCUUGAGUUUGUACUUCAAUACUCCGCUCUGGCUCAGUGUAAGGGUUGCAUUAUUGAUUAAAAGAAAGCCUGGUCCUUCAUUCCUUUACCUCACCAACUCCUUCAAAAUUAACUUCGGGGGAGGCCAGAAGAUGUGCCUUCUGCCCUGACAGUGAACUAUUUUAUUUAACCAUAAUCGAUAAGAUAAGUUGCAUUCUAGGUGAAAGGAGUGAGCAUUCUCUUAUCUUUUAGAUUCAUUUUAGCUAGUAUAAGAAACAGUAACAAAGAAAUAUAGGGCCAAGGUAGGAAUCUGCAUUAAAAGAUAAAUAGGUCACACCACUGUGUCGUAUCUUUUUAUGCUGCUAUUUUGCCCACUGUUUGUAAAAUUUGCAGAAUCACUCUUCAGUUUGUAUUUUUGGUCAAGAUUAAAAUAGCAAUAUUGCAGUUUAUUGUUCUAUACUCAUUAGAAAGUGAUGUCAAAAACCCAAUAGUGCUUUCAGUCAGUUACUUAAGUUCUGAGGUAAAACAAAAUAUGCAAUUUUUUUGAGAAGUUUCCAGAGCUUCUUUUCUUUUUCUUUUUUUCCCCUAACUUCUGCAAAAUCCUGAAGUAUACUUGUUAGGUAAAUUAUGUGAAUUUACAUCAUGUAAUUAGCUUGCAUGAACAUUCCUCUGAAUUUCUUUUUGAAGUGGAAUAUUGGGAAAUUUUUCACUGCCAGAACAUCAUUACUUUGUUUCAUCAAGAAAGAGAAAUGUUUGAUACUAUAUACUUUCAUUCUUGGCCACAGCUGGAUUUUGAAGAUUGAUCCAAGGGACUGUAUUAAUUUCAGGAAUUGAUUUGAAAGACACUGGCUCUGCCACUUAACAGCCAUGUAACUUUGGAUAUGGAAGAAAGCAGCAGUGUUGCCAUGUUGGUGCCAGAUAUUGGAGAACAGGAAGCUAUAUUGACGGCUGAAAGUAUCAUCAGUCCUUCGCUGGAAAUUGAUGAACAAAGAAAAGCUAAAACAGAUCCAUUGAUUCAUGUUAUCCAGAAGUUAAGCAAGAUAGUAGAACAUGAAAAGUCACAAAAAUGUCUUCUAAUUGGAAAAAAACGCACACGUUCAAGUGCCACAGCGCGCUCUCUUGACACCCAAGAACUCUGUGAGAUUCCAGCUAAAGUAACCCAAUCACCUGCUGCUGCUGUUAGAAGGGCCGAGAUGUCACAAACAAAUCUUACCCCUGACUCUCCUGCCCAGAAUGAUGGGAAGGCUAUGUCUUACCAAUGUAGCCUUUGUAAGUUUCUGUCAUCAUCUUUUCCUGUGUUAAAAGAUCACAUUAAACAGCAUGGUCAGCAGAAUGAAGUGAUAUUGAUGUGCUCAGAGUGCCAUAUCACAUCUAAAAGCCAAGAGGAACUUGAAGCUCAUGUUGUAAAUGACCAUGAAAAUGAUGCCAGUAAUCACACUCAAUCCAAACCCCAGCAGUGUGUAAGCCCUUCCAACUCCUUAUGUCAGAGAACAAUAGAAAGAAAUAAUGAACCUAUUCCUGAUGUCCCAGUAAAUGUGGACAGUCCACAAACUCAUACUGUCCAAACUUCGUCCGUGGCCGAAAUGGGUAGGAGGAAGUGGUAUGCAUACGAACAAUAUGGCAUGUAUCGAUGCUUGUUUUGUAGUUAUACCUGUGGCCAGCAGAGGAUGUUGAAAACGCAUGCUUGGAAACAUGCUGGGGAAGUUGACUGCUCCUAUCCAAUCUUUGAAAAUGAAAAUGAGCCCCUUGGCUUGCUAGAUUCCUCAGUGGCUGCCGCACCUGGCGGGGUCGAUGCAGUCGUCAUUGCUAUUGGAGACAGCGAACUGAGUAUCCACAAUGGGCCAUCGGUACAGGUGCAGAUUUGCAGCUCAGAACAGCUACCGUCAUCAUCUCCUUUAGAACAGAGUGCAGAAAGGGGAGUACACCUAAGUCAGUCGGUCACCCUUGACGCUAGUGAGGAAGAAAUGCUAGAGGUGAUUUCUGACGCGGAGGAGAAUCUGAUUGCUGAUAGCCUACUUUCAUCAGCUCAGAAGAUCAUUAGCAGUAGCCCAAAUAAAAAAGGGCACGUCAAUGUGAUAGUGGAGCGAUUGCCAGGUGCUGAAGAAACUCUUUCACAGAAACAUUUCCUCAUGAAUGCCGAAAUUGAAGAGGGGAAAACCCUGAGCCAGGCAGAAGCCCAGAUUGGGUGUGAAGGAAGGGAUGACGUUUAUCACGCCGAUAAAUGUACCGUUGAUAUUGGGGGCUUGAUCAUAGGUUGGAGCAAUGCAGAGAAGAAAGACGAGUUGAUAAAUAAAGGCCUGGCCCCUGAUGAGAAUGCCCCGCCAGGCCGAAGAAGGACAAACUCAGAGUCUCUUAGACUCCACUCGCUGGCUGCAGAAGCCCUCGUCACGAUGCCUAUAAGAGCUGCAGAACUUACAAGAGCCAACCUCGGGCACUAUGGGGAUAUAAACCUUUUAGACCCAGACACUGGACAGAGGCAAGUAGAUAGUACCUUAGCAGCAUAUUCAAAAAUGAUGUCGCCGCUUAAAAACUCUGCAGAUGGAUUAACUAGUUUUAACCAAAGUAACUCUACCUUGGUAGCGCUCCCGGAGGGAAGACAAGAACUGUCAGUCGGGCAAGUUAAGACAGGCAUCAGCAUGUCCUUACUCACCGUCAUUGAAAAAUUGAGAGAGAGGACAGACCAAAAUGCUUCAGACGAUGACAUUUUGAAAGAGCUGCAGGACAAUGCCCAGUGCCAACCCAACAGCGAUGCCGGUUUGUCGGGAAGCAGCGUGGUGGAGUACAUCCCUAACGCUGAGCGACCCUACCGCUGCCGCCUGUGUCACUACGCGAGCGGUAACAAAGGCUACAUCAAGCAGCAUCUGCGAGUCCACCGGCAGAGACAGCCUUACCAGUGCCCCAUCUGCGAGCACAUAGCUGACAACAGCAAAGAUCUGGAGAGCCACAUGAUCAACCACUGCAAAACCAGAAUAUACCAGUGCAAGCAGUGUGAAGAGUCUUUUCACUACAAGAGUCAACUGAGGAAUCAUGAGAGGGAGCAACACAGUCUUCCAGACACCGUGUCAGUAGCAACUUCUAACGAGUCAGGAAUUGCCAGUGAUACUACCGAUGGAAAGUGUGUGCAGGAAGGGAAUAAGUCUUCAGUCCAGAAACAGUAUAGAUGUGAUGUGUGUGACUAUACAAGUACAACAUAUGUUGGUGUGAGGAACCACAGACGAAUCCAUAAUUCUGAUAAGCCAUACAGAUGCUCUUUGUGUGGGUAUGUAUGCAGCCAUCCUCCUUCUUUGAAGUCUCAUAUGUGGAAGCAUGCGAGUGACCAAAAUUAUAACUACGAACAAGUAAACAAGGCUAUUAACGAUGCAAUUUCACAGAGUGGCAGAGUUCUGGGGAAAUCGCCUGGAAAGACUUUAUUAAACAGCAGUGAAGAGAAAGCUGAUCCCAUCACUGGAAGUUCAGAAAAUUUGGUGUCAUCUUCAGAACUGAUUUCCCAGGCUCCCAGUGAAGGUGUAGGUCCCAAUGAGAAUGAGAAACUGAGCUCUACAAAUAAUACCUCAUAUAGUUUAGAAAAAAUCUCCAGUCUGGCCCCUGCUGGCAUGGAGUAUUGCGUUUUACUCUUCUGCUGUUGUAUCUGUGGUUUUGAAUCAACCAGUAAAGAAAAUCUCUUGGAGCACAUGAAAGAGCAUGAGGGUGAAAUUGUAAACAUCAUCCUAAACAAGGACCACAACACAACGCUAAACACAAAUUAAUGGAAGAAUUACUCGAAGAUGGGAAACAGUAGAAGAGAAUUUCCUUAAACCAGAGUUUCACCUUUGCGCUGUGAAAUAAUUUAGUAGACACAGAAGAAAUAGUUGGUGUGAUGUUUGAGAAACGACAGGUAUGACUUUGGAACCAAACUUGUAAUCUAAUAAAAGGAAUUCCAAGUGG